AAAGAAAUUGUCUUAUUAUUGAUAUACAGAAUAUUAUUUACAUUUUGUAUGAUGCAGGAGUGCAGAUCUUGGAGGUCAGAUGAAGGUCAUGGGGGUGGUGCAGAUACGACAUCACUUCAUGCUCAUGCUGCUGUCUGCCGUGGGGAGGUCACAGGUCAACCCAGAGGUGUGUCGCUACCCCCUGGGGAUGAGUGGGGGUCAGAUCCUUGAUGAGGACAUCACGGCCUCCAGCCAGUGGUCCGAGUCCACAGCUCCGCGCUUCGGCAGGCUGGACUUCGACCAUGGCGACGGCGACGGCGCCUGGUGCCCUGACGUGGCGGCGGCGGCGGACGGUCGGCGGCAGUACCUGCAGGUGGACCUGCGCUCGCUGCACUUCCUCACGCUGGUCGGCACGCAGGGUCGCCACGCCGACGGCAUGGGCAACGAGUUCGCCCAGCGCUACCGCAUCCACUACAGCCGGGACGACGCCCACUGGGUGGGCUGGAGGGACCGCAAGGGCCAGCCGGUGAUCGAGGGCAACAGGAACCCGUACGAGGCGGUUCUGAAGGACCUGGAGCCCCCCAUCAUCGCGCGCUACGUGCGCUUCAUGCCUGUCACCGACCACUCCAUGAUCGUCUGCAUGAGGGUGGAGCUCUACGGCUGCCAGUGGCUCGACGGCCUGAUGGGCUACAGCGCCCCCGAAGGCCACCAGAUGAUCUACCGCGGGCUGGACGUCUUCCUCAACGACUCUGUGUACGACGGCGUCGCUGCAGACAGACCCACCAAGGGCCUCGGACUCCUCACCGACGGGGCCUGGGGCCUGGACGACUUCCUCCACAGCCCCAUCUACGGCGUGUGGCCCGGCUACGACUACGUGGGCUGGACCAACCAGAGCUUCCCCCGCGGCUACGUGGAGAUGGUGUUCGACUUCGACCACGUCAGGACCUUCACCUCCAUGAAGGUCCACUGCAGCAACAUGUUCAGCCGGGGGGUGCGUCUCUUCCGGCAGGCCAGCUGCUUCUUCAGGUCGGAGGCGGAGUGGGAGGGCGACCCGGUGGUGUUCCUGCCCCCCGCCGACCGCGUCAGCCAGGGGGCGCGCUUCGUCACCGUGCCCCUGGGGGAGCGCACCGCCAGCUCCAUCAGGUGCCGCCUCCACUUUGGAGACCUCUGGAUGCUGAUCAGCGAGGUGGCCUUCCAGUCCGGCUCCGCAGUGUACAACACUUCUCUGCGUGGACACCCAACAAAUGCACUUCCAGGAGAAGACCCCACCCACAAAGUAGACGACAGUAACACACGGAUCCUGAUUGGCUGCCUGGUGGCCAUCAUCGCCAUACUGUCAGCCAUCAUCGUCAUCAUUCUGUGGCAACAGGUGUGGCAGAAGUUGCUUGAAAAGGCGUCGCGGCGCAUGCUAGACGACGAGCUGACGGCGCGUCUGGCCGUGCAGACGCAGGCCUUCUCCUUCCUGCGCUCCUCCUCCUCCUCCACCACCUCCACCUCCUCCUCCUCCUCCUCCAGCGAGGUGGAGGAGGGGCAGGGGGGGGGCGGGGGCUCCGGCGGCAGCUCCACCUACGAGCGGAUCUUCCCGCUGAGCGCGGACUACCAAGAGCCCUCGCGCCUCAUCCGCAAGCUGCCCGAGUUCGCCCAGUCGGCCGACGACCUCGGUGGGGGCCCAGGGGUGUGCCCUGACGGGGGCCCCCACUACGCCGAGGCCGACAUCAUCAGCCUGCUGGACGGCCCCCCCGGCGCCUCCUCGCUGGCCGCCGGCCCCCCGGCCGUCAGGGAGUUCCCCCGGGACCGCCUCUCCUUCAGGGAGAAGCUGGGGGAAGGCCAGUUCGGAGAGGUGCACCUGUGCGAGGCGGAGGGGAUGCAGGACUUCCUGGACGAGGACGCGUCCGAGGGGCGGAGCCACGGGGGGGGGUGGAGCCACGGGGGGGGCCCUCUGCUGGUGGCGGUGAAGACGCUGCGUGAGGACGCAAACAAGAACGCCAGGAACGACUUCCUGAAGGAGAUCCGCAUCCUGUCGCGCCUGCGGGACCCCAACAUCGUGCGCCUGCUGGCCGUGUGCGUGGACUCGGACCCCCUGUGCAUGAUCACCGAGUACAUGGAGAACGGGGACCUCAACCAGUACCUCCACACCCUGCAGCUGGGGCAGGGGCCGUCCCGCGGGGCGGAGGGGCAAGAAGAGCCGCAGGGCAGCGUGGUCAGCUACGCUCAGCUGAUGAGCAUGGUGCUGCAGGUCGCCGCGGGCAUGCGCUACCUGUCCUCCCUGAACUUCGUGCACAGAGACCUGGCCACGCGGAACUGCCUGGUGGGGGCCAGCUGCACCAUCAAGAUCGCCGACUUCGGGAUGAGCCGCAACCUGUACCGAGGAGACUACUACCGCAUCCAGGGCCGCGCGGUGCUGCCCAUCCGCUGGAUGGCCUGGGAGAGCAUCCUACUGGGUAAGUUCACGGCGGCGAGCGACGUGUGGGCCUUCGGCGUGACGCUGUGGGAGGUCCUGACGCUCUGCCAGCAGCAGCCCUACGGAGCGCUGUCCGACGAGCAGGUCAUCGAGAACACCGGGGAGUUCUUCAGGGACCAGGGCAAGCAGGUGUAUCUGCCAAAGCCUGCGAGUUGCCCGGACGACGUGUACACAGACCUGAUGCUGCGCUGCUGGCGGAGGAACGCCAAUCAGCGGCCGGGCUUCGAGGAGAUCCACCGCCACCUGCUGGACAACGCAGCGUAGCGCGCUAGCUACGCCUAGCCACUUGUACUAUUGUAGAUUGCUAGAGGCUUUGACUGUUAAUAAGAAUAUACAUGUAAACUAUCACUGCUGUUGUGUAAAUAUCAGCUCUUCCGGUUUAGUGUUAAACCGCUACCCCGACAUACGCACGAUUUAUACAACCAGGUCUCUUUUAAUAUAUAGGCCUACCUGGCAUAUUUUGUUAUGUGUUAUUUAUUAGAAAUUGUAUGAGACUGCUUGUACAAAUGUAUGGUUGCUGUUGUUGCCUUUAUAUUUUAGAUAUGUAAAUGUAGAAUAGUGACAUUUAAUUAUAUUUAGAUUUAUUCCUUUAGAAUUAGAACGAUACCAUAGCCUACUGUAUAUAUUUUUAUUUUAAAAUACUUAAACUAAAACUUUAUAAAGGAUUGGAUGUAAAAGUAUGUUUCAGCAACUAUCUUUUUGUUUAUGAAGACCCAAAUAAAAACAAUACCAAAAACGUUUCGAGCCCUCUGUCGCCACCGAACUACUCGGACAGGGGAAAGGUAAACUAGAGCAGAAGUGAACGGCCUCUUCUCUCAAGCAGAGCGCUCUGUUGAGACCAGGAUC